AUGCACGUCCUCAUCAGUGGCGCCGGCAUCGCAGGCCCUACUUUGGCCUUUUGGCUCUCCCGCGUGGGUGCCAGAGCCACGAUCGUCGAGAAGGCGUCGUCCAUGCUGGCUCAGGGUCAGAACAUCGACGUACACGGAACCGCGCUCAACAUCAUCAACAAGAUGGGUCUCUUCGAAGAGCUUCGCAAGCAUCACACGACCGAGAAGGGAACUUGCUUUGUCAACUCCAAAGGCAAGUCCAUCGCCGACUUUCCCGUCGAGGGGUCUGCCGGCAGCCCUACGUCUGAGUUCGAGAUUCUCCGUGGUGACCUCGCCGAACUGCUGUAUAAUUCGGCAAAGUCGCUGCCGGGCGUCGAAUUCAAGUUCGGCACCACCAUCGCCGGGGUCAUCGAGAACGGUCAGGACAAGGUGCGAGUCAAAUUGAGCACGGGCGAGGACCAAGAGUACGACGUACUGGUGGCUGCCGACGGUCAGUGGUCGAGGACACGCAAGCAGGUGUUUGGCGAGGACGCCAUCCAGGUAGUCGACAAGAACGCCUUCUGCGUGUACGGCACCGUGCCGCGAGAGCCGGAGGACACCGACUACUGGGCGAUCUACCACGGUCUCGAUUCGAGGGUGUUGACGACUCGACCCGACAACCACGGCACCACGAGAGCCUUUUUCACUGUCAUGCCGCUUACGCCCGAGAAGAAGGCAGAGUGGAUGUCGGCAGCCCGGGGCGGAGACAGGAAGCAGCAGCUGGAGUUGAUGAACAAAGAGCUCGGCGACAUGGGCUGGAGAGCCCCACGCAUCUUGCGAGAGAUGGAACAUGCCCAUGAUCUCUACUUCCAGCCUAUUCAGCAGAUCAAGAUGGCCAAGUGGCACAAGAAUCGAGUCAUCUGCCUCGGCGACGCAGCCUUUGCGCCAACCCCCUUGACAGGCAUGGGCACUUCGCUCGCCAUCAAUGGAGCCUACCUUUUGUCAGGUCACCUCUCCAAGCUUCAAGCGGACGAGCAUCCGUCCAAGGCAUUCGAAGCAUACGAGGCAGAAUUUCGCCCUUUCGUCGAAGAGAUCCAGAACAUCCCGUCGUUCGUGCCGGGCAUCGCUCAUCCUCGAUACGCUGUGACGAGGUGGCUGUUUCACAGGCUCAUGUCGACCUUGGCCUAUAUCGCGAAAAUUCCGUGGGUUGCUCGCAAGUAUGGGUAUCAAGAUAAGAAGUUCCAGAAUGGUCUGGUGGACGACCUGGAUGCGCCAUAUCCCGAGUUUCCGGCGUUUGAGUCCGCUCAGGCUAUCAAGGCGUGA